ACUGAGAGUUGUAUUAUAGGACUGUAUUACUGAGAGUUGUAUUAUAGGGCUGUAUUACUGAGAGUUGUAUUAUAGGGGUGUAUGAGCUAGUGCUGAGAGCGCCGUUUUCUAUGUGGUCAGCAGUGAUGGCGGCGCCGCACUACAACAACAACAACAACCACCACCACCACCACCAUCACCAGCCUAACAACCAGCCUAACAACGCCUCCCUCGCUCACAACUAUGAGUUCAUCUGUGAGUUCCUCGCCAACAGUGAGGUGCCGGUGGUGAAGUACAGGAGCAAGCGUACGGGACUGCACGUAGUGCUGGCCAGCGUGGAGGGUCCUCUUGUCAGUGGUUAUUUCACUCUAGCAACUGAAGCACAUGAUGAUGAUGGGUUGCCCCAUACACUGGAGCAUUUGGUUUUCUUGGGGAGUGAAGACUACCCAUACAAAGGCGUGCUCGACCUGCUGGCCAACCGCUGCCUCGCAUCCGGCACUAAUGCCUGGACAGACACAGACCAUACUGCAUACACCAUCCAGACAGCAGGCAGUGAAGGGUUCCUCAAUUUAUUACCAAUCUACCUAGACCACUUGCUGUAUCCUACGCUUACUGACUCAGGAUUUAUCACAGAAGUUUAUCAUAUUACUGGAGAAGGAGAAGAUGCUGGGGUUGUGUAUUCCGAGAUGCAGGCUCGUGAGAAUUCUGACAGUGACCGUUGCUACCGUGCCAUGCUACGAGCCAUGUAUCCCGAGCCCAGUGGUUACCGCUCAGAGACUGGUGGAAUCUUAAAGAAUCUCCGUGAGAGCACCACAAAUGAAAAGAUUCGCAAUUAUCAUAAAGCCUUUUACCGUCCAGAAAACCUUCAUGUUAUUAUCACAGGUCAAGUAGAGUUAGAAAAAGUAUUUGCUGCUCUGGAACCUAUGGAGAAGAAAAUUCUUUCAAAGGGAAACAGGGGCCCAUUCACCCGUCCUUGGCAGUCUUCGGUGCCACCCCUAGUGAGCUCAGUGGAUGAAUUGGUGCAAUACCCAAGUGACACUGAAGAUACUGGUUUGGUUAUUGUAGCAUGGAGAGGACCUUCUUCUGUUUACCAAAUUAAUGAGUUGUUGAGCAUGGGAGUGUUGAUGGAGUUUACUCACUCCCCUGUCUCUAAAAUGCCCAGCAUUUUGUUUUAAAUUGAUGAUCCAUUUUCCAGAAGUGUACAACAUAGUUGUUAUGAAAAUUCUGAUUCUGCAUGUUACUUUGAGUUUAGUGGUGUUCCACAUCAGAAGAUUAAUGACGUGAAACCUCUCCUUAUGGAUACCUUAAAGCGGCUUUCUACUGGUAAAACUGACAUAAAUAUGCAGACCAUGAAAGACAUUAUUAGUAACCUGAUGUUGAGACAAGACAGCCGAAUGGAAACUUCGCCUCAUGACACCGUUGCUGACCACAUUAUUGGAGACAUUCUCUAUGGACAGACUUGUCAAGAUAUGGACACUCGACUUAACAAAAAAAGAUGGUUGGAACACCUAUUGCAUGAGCCAUACAAGUACUGGAUUAACCUAAUCCACAAGUAUUUCAUAGAGGGUCCCUCAGUUGUUGUUCGUGGAGUACCGUCCAUAGCUGAAGCCACAAGGCUAGAAGAGGAGGAGAAGAAAAGAGUGGAAGCUAGAAAGUUGGAGCUGGGUGAAGAGGGUCUUAAAGUUUGGAAGGAAAGGAUUGAAAAGGCUAAGGAAACUAAUGAGACUCCUCCACCAGCAGAGAUGCUUGAGUCGGUACCAGUUCCAGGUGUGGAGAGCAUCAACUUCCACCAUCUGAGGGCCUAUAGUAAUCCUUUGGAGAAUCAACCCAGCCUCAAGCAGGCAGAACCCAAUCUACCCACUCAUUUAAGUCAGCUGCCUAUCAAAUUCCAACUAGAUGACUUACACUCUAAUUUUGUUGAAAUAAUUGCUGUCCUAGACACAUCAACUGUUCCGGCAGAACUUCGUCCAUAUCUUACUCUUCUCUUGGACCUCCUCUUUGAAUCUCCAAUAUUGCGUGAAGGUUCCAUUAUUCCAUAUGAAGACAUAGUACGUGAACUCUCAGCAGACACAUUAUUCCGAGACUCUACAUUAGGCCUUUCUCUUAAUAUUCGACAGUUUUCCUGUGGGUCAUACUGCACUAAUGCUGCUCUUAUCCUAAAGGUUGAGAUGCCCAAAUAUGAACGAGGAGUACAGUGGAUGCACGAGAUACUCUUCAAGAGCCAGUUUUCUGCACACCGUGUCAAAGUUAAGGCCACCAAGCUAAUUAACUCUAUUGGGGAAAAUAAACGCAAUGGCCCUAAAGUUCUUCAACUUAUGUUUCAUGAUGUGGUGUUUAGGAAUGGUGAGUACAUAGUAAUACAUACAUACAGUAGGGCCCCACUUAUAGGGCGGGUUAGGUUCCAGGCUGUCGCCGGAAAGCAGACAUCGCCGGAAGGCAGAACGCCAUUUCUUUCCAUUUAUAAAUACAUAUGAA